GACGGGUGAAGUGCUGAACCCGGAGACGCUGAAGCGCCAGACAUCGCAAGCAAGUGAACAAAAUCAUUCUCCUCAAGGAGAUGGCUCAGAUGUGCAGGAGUCUGCAACGAGGACUGCGACAGCGGCCAAGGUGAAGGCGUUUGAUGCACGAGCUCGUGCAGAAUUCAGAGCUACCGCAGCAUUGGCUUCGAGUCGACUGCGCUCCAUGAAGCUUCGCCCAGAUCACUCGACCUUCAGCGCUUUAAACGUGGACACCCUGCCUAGCAAGCCAAAGAGCUCGCCCUUGGCUUCCACUUGCGAAGGUGGAAACAUCCUCCUACGCCCUUGCCGGCCCAUAAAGGAAAAACCGACGAGCCGCAUCUCCCGGCCUUUGCCAGAGGUGCCUGGCUUCCCCUUCGACAAAGUCCCGGCCUCCACUGCCCAGAUGCUUGCGGUUCUGUCUCUGGAGCCUGGACUUGGAAAGGCGUCCAAGUCGAGCAAGGCGGCAAAGGUGCGAAGUGCGGCUCCGGCUCCCAAGCCGUGGCAGUUGGAGGCGAGGGAAGCCCCGCCCAAGCCGUCCUACACUGCCCGAAGCUCCGACUUCGAGCCCUCCUCAACUUCUGGCGAGGCCAAGCCUAAGAAGGAUGCGGAGGCUGAUGCAAGCACAUCCCAGACACAUCUCAAGAAAGAUAGCGACGAGGAUGGCAAGGCUCAGUCCAAACGAUCCUUGUCUCCGGCUGAACGUUCCACAUCGGCAGCGUCGCAGGAAGGACCACCAGUGUCCCAGAAAACUCGCUGGGCAGAUGUAGUAUCCGAUGACGAGGAAUGCCCUUGGCAGACUCAGGCCAAGUCGAGCGAGGAAGAGAUCACGCAGGAAAGGAGCUUUGCGUCCCCUGGGAGUUUCUCCAAGACUCGCUGGGCAGAUGUGGACUCGGACGAUGACCAGUUGUUACCGAGUGGGGAGGAGGAAGACGAGGAGUCAAGCAGCUCCCCAGCUGAGCCCGCGGAGCGGCAGGUCCGAGUCCGAGGAGAAGCAAGGAGGUGCCAGGUGAAGGCCGAGGAGGCAAAGGCAGAUGCGAGCACAUCCAAGGACAAGAAGUCUGCAAGCAGCGACGAGGAGGACGUGAAGGCGCUAUCGGAAGCAAACGAGGAGCAGGUGUCCCCGAAGACACGUUGGGCAGAUGUUCAGUCUGACGACGAUCAACUUCUUCCGAGCGCAGAAGACGAUACCGAGAAGGAUGACGCCUCGGAAGAAGCCGGCGAGUGGCAAGAGGUCAAGAGACAGACGAAGCCAAAGGUGCCGAAGGCGUUCAAGCCCGAGGGACGCAGGCACCAUGAGGAGCGCCCUCGCGAGCGCCGCGACGACCGUCGUCGGAAGGACACCACGAGCAAAGAAGGAGAUACCCAGCCGCCCAGGAGGAGGCGGGAUGGGAGGAGGAAUCCACGAGACAACGACUGGAAAAGAACAGGAGGAGGCGAGAGCCAGCAGCGUCGGGUGCGCUGA